GCGCAGUCCUCUGCCAGUGGAACCUGGGCUGCUGGAGCAGCUUGGCGGCGGCCCCUCGGCUCCCCAAAGCGCAGAGCUAGGAUCAUAUUCCUCCUUUCUGGAUUGGCAAAUAGCGCUCAGCCAACAUGGAUCCUGGCCCCAAGAGGACCGCGGCGGAGGAAGGGAGCCAGCUGCAGCCUCCGGAAGCUGAGGAAGAAGUGGACCCCAGGAUUCAAGGAGAACUAGAAAAGUUGAAUCAAUCUACAGAUGAUAUUAAUCGGAGAGAAACGGAGCUUGAGGAUGCACGUCAAAAAUUCCGUUCAGUUCUGGUAGAAGCUACAAUAAAACUGGAUGAACUUGUGAAGAAGAUUGGAAAAUCUGUAGAAGAUUCAAAGCCUUACUGGGAAGCCCGAAGGGUUGCUAGGCAGGCUCAGCUAGAAGCGCAGAAAGCAACACAGGAUUUUCAGAGAGCCACAGAGGUGCUACGGGCUGCUAAGGAAACCAUUUCCCUUGCAGAAGAGAGGCUGCUGGAAGAUGACAAACGUCAAUUUGAUUCUGCAUGGCAAGAAAUGCUCAACCAUGCCACACAGCGGGUUAUGGAAGCAGAGCAGACGAAAACUAGAAGUGAACUUGUACAUAAAGAAACAGCAGCCAAAUACAAUGCUGCCAUGGGCAGAAUGAAACAGUUGGAGAAGAAACUGAAAAGGGCUAUCAACAAAUCAAAGCCUUAUUUUGAACUCAAAGCAAAAUAUUAUGUACAAUUAGAGCAAUUAAAGAAGAUAGUGGAUGACCUGCAAGCAAAAUUGGCUUUGGCCAAGGGUGAAUACAAAACAGCCUUGAAGAACUUGGAGAUGAUCUCUGACGAGAUUCAUGAGAGGCGGCGAGCUUCGUCAAUGGGGCCCAGAGGAUGUGGUGUUGGGGCUGAAGGCAAUAGUACUUUGGCAGAAGACUUUUCAGGAUGCAAGUUAGAAUCAGAUAAUGUUUCCAUGGCAUCAGAGGUAUUUGAAGAUGACAACUGCAGCAGCUUUGUGUCCGAAGAAGACUCUGAAACUCAGUCUCUAUCUAGUUUCAGUUCUGGUCCCACAAGCCCUUUUGAUAUACCAGCUCAAUUUCUUCCUAUGACUCGCCCUAAAAGCUUGGAUUUGUCUAGCCCUAUAUCAUUAUCUGAAUUUGGUAUAUUUCCCCUAUUAGGACCUCGCAGUGAAUGUAGUGGGGCAUCCUCUCCUGAAUGUGAAAUUGAAAGAGGAGACAGGGCAGAAGGAGCGGAGAACAAGAUACUUGACAAAGUGAACAAGAAUAAGAGUGUAGACAGCAGCUCUUCUUCCAGUGGCCCAGUUCUAGACAAUCGGUUGAAGCAACUUUCCUUACAAUGCCUGAAAGGCAAGGAUGGGGUUUGUGCAGACAAACUAAUAGUACAAACUGGGUGAAAUGAUGUCCAGAGCCUAAUGAGGAAUAUAAUUUAUUUAUACACAACUGUUUUCUGAUUGUCCAAACCUUGUGCCAAUGACUAAUAUAUGCCAAAUUUUUGUCUUUACUGUACAAUAAAGACUUACACAAUUGCUGAGGGCUAAAAUAAGCGCAAUUAAAUAUAUAAUAGAAAUCUUGGUCAGGACAGAAAUUGUAAAGGACAGAAAUCUCGAUCCUUAAGACAUUUUGUAACAGUUUGGGAGAAGCAAUAAUACCAGUCCUCUGUGAAGUUUAGGCCAUUCUGGCACUGAGGGCAAAGCCAGGUUGGGAGGAUUAGCUGGUGUCUUAUUUGUGAUGCUGUUUAACGCCAUAAAAUUCCAGGAUGCUAGCAGCAAAUCCUUUGAAAUACCUUGUAUUGUAUUUUGGGUUACCAAAGGAAGCUGCUGCAUGUAACAGAAUUUAAGAUACCUUCAGUCUUCCUAUAGAAUUCACGAGUGUUGAUACAUUAUACCUCAAGGGUAAUUAAAAUGUUAAUAUUGAUGCACAGGAUCCUUCUAGCUUUUUACAUGGCUGGGGGAAGGAUGGAGAUGAGAAGUAGUUUUGGUUUAUAUAUAUUAUGAUCAAAAUUAAAUGGGCAGUGGAAACAUUAAUGUAGGAUACCACUUUGUUGUGAAGUACCAAUUAUGAUAAUCACUAAGCAUAGACAGGAAGAUUCUUCCACAACCCACCAACUAAAAAAGAGAAAUGUGCAUGAAUGGAAUAGUUGCCAUAGCGUUGAUAUGGGGAGCAAUUUCUAGUAUCUCUGCAUUAUCAAGCAUUUUUGGAGUAGUUAAAAAGAGUUCAAAGUUAGUAUCCUUUAAGUAAAAAUCCAAAUAAGAUGGAAAGGAAGUUGAAGCAUGUUAGCAAGAAUUGGUAUUUAUGCUAGUAAGAAAUAGUUAAAAGCAUAGAGUUGCUUUACUAGUUAACAUUUCUAAAAAUUGACAUAGGUCAUCUUUAAUGAACAUAUUUUUUGAGCAUUACUGAUUAGCAAUAUCCAUUUUCUCAGUAUUUUUUGUUAUUUGGCUUUUGUUUUAUUUUGUCAAUGUUAUGUGUAUAUUCUUAAAACAAAUGUAAAAAAUAUUUCACACUAACUCUCCUCUGCUCUUUUGUUUUCAUGUGUAGUAUGUUUAUUUUUAAUCUUUACAACGUCAUUCUUCAAAUAUAUAUAUAAGUCUUCCAUAUAUGUUUUGGUUAUACUUUGGCUGAGGAUCUUUGCAAGGAAUAAUGGGAAUGGUAAUAAUAAAGUGAGAACUAAAAAUGUUA